AUGGAACCCCAACAACAGCAGCAGCAACAGCAUCAAAACCAAGAGGACAUGAACUGCAGCAACAACGGUGGGAAAGGUGGAGGUACGAGCAGUAGCAGCAGUUACGCUUGCAGGCAAAGCAGUACGAGGUGGACGCCGACGACGGACCAGAUAAGGAUCCUCAAGGACCUCUACUACAACUACGGCGUGCGGUCCCCCACCGCCGACCAGAUCCAGAGGAUCUCCGCCCGCCUCCGCCAGUACGGCAAGAUCGAGGGCAAGAACGUGUUCUACUGGUUCCAGAACCACAAGGCCCGCGAGCGCCAGAAGAAGCGCUUCUUCUCCCCCGACCCAAAUUCUAACAUCAAUGGCACUGCCGCUCCUCCACCUACGGCCUCCGCGGUCAACCCCCAGACGAGAGGCGGAGGGCGCGGAAGUGGCGGUUGGAGCGGUAAACUACCUCCUCCUGAAGAGCCCUUUGUGCUCCACAACAAGUUCUCUAACCUCACUCCUCCUGGGCUUUGUUCUUCUUCAGCUGCUGCUGCUGGUGUAAUGGCUGUUGGGCAGAUGGGUGGCUACGGAUACGGUUCUGUGACAAUGGAGAAGAACUUUAGGGAUUGCUCUAUAUCAGCCGGCAGCGGGGGAGGGUACCUCGGCCCAAACCUUGGUUGGAUCGCGGUGGAGCCAUACGCUUCGCCACCAUACGCUGCUCUCUUAGAAAGGAAGAGCCACCCUUUCCUCGAAAACCAACAGGAGGAAGAAGAGGAAGAAGGAGGAGGAGGAGGAGGAGGAGGAGGAGGAGGAGACGAAGAAGAUGAAGAAGCUCCGGAGAUUGAAACCCUACCGCUGUUCCCGAUGCACGGUGACGACCACUUGAACAUCGACGAUGCCUUGCUGAACAUCAAGCCAAACUCGGAUCAUUACCAUCAUCACAUCCGCCGCCAUGGCCACUGGUACGACGACGUCGUCAUGAGCACUUCUCGCACUUCCCUCGAGCUUAGCCUCAACUCCUACACCGGCCGAUCGCCCGGCCCCAUUUAA